CGCCCCGAGCCUUUCUGUCCCCGCCGGCCGCCGUCGGCGGCGCCUGCGCGGUGGGAGGAGGGACGAUGGCGGCGGCCAGGCUCGGCGGUGUCCUCUGGCUGCGGGCGGCCGCCCGCCUGCGGGCGCUGAGGGUGGCAGCGCCGCUGGGAGCUCGGGCGGCCUCGGGUCUGUCCUCGGAUUUGCUGCCUGGGCCCUACCCGCGGACGCCGGAGGAGCGGGCAGCCGCUGCCAAGAAGUACAACAUGAGGGUGGAGGACUACCAGCCCUACCCCGACGACGGCUUAGGGUAUGGUGACUAUCCCAUGCUCCCUAAGCGCUCUUCUCAUGAGAGAGACCCCUGGUACCAGUGGGACGCUCCAGAUGUGAGGCAUAACUGGGGGGAGCCGAUGCACUGGGACUUUGACAUGUAUAUUCGGAACCGUUUUGAUACAUCCCCCACUCAAAUUCCAUGGCAUACUAUGCGCAAACACUUCUUCAUUUUUUUGAGUACCAUGCUGAUCAUGUUUGGCAUCGGAGGGUUCUACCCAUCUUACAGGCCUGUGGGACCGAAGCAGUAUCCCUUCAAUGACCUGUAUCUGGAGAAAGGAGGAGACCCCAAUAAAGAGGCACCAGUGGUGACGCACUAUGAAAUCUGAAAGCUGCUCUAAGUGUUUCUCCUGCAUCAGCUCUGCAGGGCGUGACAUCUUUAGUGUUCACUGUGACAUACGUUAAUGGUUGUUCAGUGUUUGACCACUAACUGCAGUGAAAUAUAUCAAUAAUACCUGUUG